AUGCAGAUUAAAUCACUCCUCUCCCUGCUCGCUAGUACCGGUGCAGUAGCAAAGCGUAGCUGCGGCACACCGAAGCCCACGGUGGAACAGAUCUUGGUUGCUCAGAACUUUCAAAUCUCUGCAGAAAACUCGUCUCGCCUCGACGCCGCCGUCGCCGCCAUUAACGUCAAAAUCUACUGGCAUGUCGUUGCCUCUUCAAACUCUGUGAGCGGAGGAUACCUCACGCAGGCGACUUUAAACAAACAACUUGCGGUUCUAAACACUGAUUAUGCUGCAUCCGGUGUUUCCUUUGUGCAAGCAGGCGCUGACUGGACUAUCAACGCCGGCUAUGCGGGCGACACACAAGAGAUGGCUAUGAAAAAGGCUUUGCGUAAUGGAACCUACGCCGACCUGAACGUCUACUUCGUCCCCGACACACAGGACCUUGGCUACGCUUACUUCCCUUCGGAUAUCACCAGCACUACCUCUAACGCAUUUUAUCAAGACGGUGUUGUUAUCCAAUCUGCUUCUGUGCCCGGAGGCAGCUUAGCUGCGUACAACCUUGGCAGGACUGCAACACAUGAGGUUGGCCACUGGUUGGGCUUGUACCACGUUUUCGAGGGAUACAGCUGCACCGGCAAUGGUGACUACGUCUCUGACACAGCCUUCACCAAACAAGAAGGAUACGGAUGUGCGCCUGCCAGUGACUCUUGUCCCAGCCAAGCAGGCACUGACCCAGUAACGAACUACAUGAACUACUCCGAAGACUCUUGCAUGACCAACUUCACCGACGGUCAGGAUGCGCGCAUUGUUAGCCUCUGGAACCAGUUCCGCAAGGCACAUCAGACAUAA